GCGGAACCUUAGUAAUUGUUCUCAGUACUCUCCGGUAAGUUUCAUACUGUAACUUCCGUGUUCUAUGGCAGAAAACAUAACUGCUAUUUGACCGCCUAUUGCAAUGAAGAAGACCCCUGUCCCCGUCCUGAGAUUGCCAAGGGGACCAGAUCCCAACAGCCGAGGUUUUGAUCCCAACUCCCCGCGGUUUAUUGCCCUGUGUCCCACCUCCAUACCGGCCUCUUCUGGUGAAGGGGCCAGCAUCGAAGAGGAGCAGUGUUCUCGCAGUGAAUUGAGGGAGCGCUUUCUCCGCACCCUUAUCAAGAUGACAAAUAAAACGGUUCACUUCGACAUGCAUGAGGGCGUGCAGGUGGAGGCCAGAUUUGGAGCAUCAGACAUUGAUGUGCUGAACUUUCAAGUGUCAGAGUUGCAGACACCAAUUGGUGUUCAGAAGGAGGCCUUACUUCGCUGUCAGGAUAUCAUUUCAUUCUCAUUUGAUGUGUAACCAUGAACAUAAACGUCAAUGUGGACAUGACCUGAGAUCACACACACUUCUCCCUUUAAUGAUAGGAUGGCCAUAUUGUACCAGUGUACAGUUUUCUUCAUUUUUUGGUUCAUCCAUCAAGCAAUGCAGCUUUGUGAUUUUCUGAAGUCACUAGGCCUAUGUUAUGGUGGCUUAACGCCACCAGAGGGAGACCAAUGUAUUCAGAUGACAUUAAUUGGAGCUAUCGCAAGGUUGAGAUUUUGAGUUAAGAGGAAACUCGCCCUAUGGGAGCAAGUCAGUUCUUUGGCAUCUUCUGAGUGAUAUUUUUUUCUUCUUCUUGAAUGUGUGUAUGGAGAGGAAGAAAUGUCUGCAGGUGGAACACUGAUAUAAUUGUCUGGAAAACUUGAAUUCCCGGAGCGGGCCCUCAAAGGAAAAGACGACGUUAUGUUUAUCUCGGUUAAUCGUUUUGCAGGGUUCAUGAUGGUGCCUGCUUGGAAGAAAUUCUUGUUUGUGCACACAUCCGCUGGACCGUGUUCUGGAAUAUUUUUGUACCCAGCAUUCACCUGGGGUGAUGGAGAAAGUUUCUGAAAUUGUACCUGUCUAAUAAUAAAAAAAAAUAUCUAGCUAAAACA